AUGAACGACAAUUCUGCACAUUCUCCAGUUGCAUCUCGUCCAACUCUCUCAGAACUCUCCCGUUGGGACCAUCCAGACCAUAUUCAUUCUAGGGACAAGAAGAUGUCGCUUGAUUUUCAACAGACCACCGCCCAGCCACCCCAUAGCAUUUAUCCUCCGAGCGACCUUGACCAGCCGUUCAUGCACAGCUCUGAGAAUCAGAGUUCUUCCCCGACCCACCCUCAUAUGAACGGCCAUAUUCAGCACCAUUCUUAUGACCAGGCAGAAGCAAUGGACGGUCCUGACCACCCAAGUUACGGUCUAUUUCCAGAGUCCAAUUCCCCCACUUCCUUCACCUCACAGCGCUACCGCACAAACGCUUCUUCCUCGUCUUCCCUGGGUCACGGUUUCGGAAUGAACUCGGAGGGCAUCUAUUCACAUGGGUCUUUCUCUGAUUCUGUUCCCUCUUUCAAUGGAUCCAAUGGCAACCCGUAUGAUAUUAUUACCAAUCUUAGCAGCGGCAAAGUCUCCCCAUUGACACCUUCUGACUCUGUCAGUAACUUGCACCAUCCAGGAGGAUUUCCUCCUUCUGUAGCCGGUAAGGACUACCCACCUCCAGGCUAUGCCGAUAUCCAUGAGCGGAGGCUUCCUGGGAUUGGCAGCAAUGGAUAUCAUUCUGAAUAUCCAGACUCGGACUAUGCGAUUGGCGUAAACAAUGGCCUCCCCUUUGGUCCUUCUGCCAUGCAACACUUCAACGAUCGAUUGGGACGCUUCCCCCCGGAUCGUUACACCCAUGGAUCAGGGCCUGUGCCCUCUCAUAUGUCCAAUGGUCAUGGCUCCGAACUUAUGCGGGGGGUCGCUCCUCAUGCAACCAAUUCUUUCCGCGAGAGUCCUGUAUCGCCCUACGAUGAUAUGCACUAUCUUAGCAAUUCGCAUUCUGAAAUGCGCAUGCACGCUGUCGACGAGACUUUGGCACGGAUGAAGCUUCAGGCCCAUCCCAUGAUGGGUUCCAACGACCUCCAGACAUUCAUUAGGCCUUUCCUCGACCAAUAUGUACGAACACCAAAUCGUCUGGCAUUUGGUGAACGAACUGUGAUUGUGAUGUCGAGUAAGGUCGCACAGAAGUCCUACGGUACCGAAAAAAGGUUCCUUUGCCCGCCACCCACUGCCAUAAUGAUUGGCAAUUCUUGGUGGACAGAUGUCAUUCGCCGGGGAGAAGAACCAAAAUUGUGUCCACCACGAGUAGUAGUUUCCAUCUCCGGGGAACCUGCUCCACAAGAGGGCACGAUUGAAUGGACUGGCUCGUCUGGAAAGUCUUUCGAUGUUAGCGAUCCUCCUGCUGGUACAACAUACAUCGGACGUUGUGUCGGCAAACAGCUCUUUAUCUCCGACGUCGACGAGAAGAAGAAGAAAGUGGAAGCGCUUGUCAAAAUUACCGCUCCCGCAUCAGAAGACGAACCUGAGCGAGUAAUUGGUGUCUUUCCAAGCCGACCAAUCAAAGUCAUCAGCAAACCUAGCAAAAAGAGGCAGAGUGCCAAAAAUUUGGAACUUUGCAUCAACCAUGGUUCGACUAUCUCUCUGUUCCAUCGUUUGCGCUCGCAAACGGUUUCUACGAAGUAUCUGUGCGUUUCGGGUUCGGGAUCAUCGUUUAAAGGAUCAGAUGGCGCUCCAUUGAUGGGUCUCGACCAGCGCUCGCGCUCCACCACUCCAUCGUUUAUUGCGCGAACGGCCAGCUGGGACCCCUUUGUCAUGUACAUCGUUGAUGUCAACAAGCCUGCAGGCGCAGGUCUCGAUGCGCCGCCACCUCCCCCACCACAAGCCGACUAUCCAUCACCUCCGCCUAACGCCAUUCCGUUCACGAACAAUGGUUCACAAAUUCCCAUAUACUAUAACCAGACAGUCGUUUUGCAGUGCCUGACCUCGGGAGUUGUUAGUCCCGUGCUCAUUAUCCGUAAGGUUGAUCAUCAAACCACUGUUGUUGGUGGUGGUCUGCAAGAAGGUGCGAAGGGUAUCGCCGACCAUUAUUGCUCCCCUGGAGAGGUAUGUGGCGACCCAGUGUCCCAACUGCACAAAAUUGCCUUUGAGGUCUAUGACCCCAGCAAAGGCAUGCCCGAGCCCGGCACACCCGGUGUUACUGGCGCCUUCCUGUCCUGCAUGGGCGAGAAAGUUAACACGUACCGUCCCAUCGAUGGUCGUCAAUGGAAUACUGCGAACGGCGCUGGUGCGACUUCCCCUACAAUGCCAGGUUCACCGAUAUCGCCGACCGCGGGUCCUUCCAGUGCCAACGAAUACUUCUCUCAUCCUGGCAAAGUUGAUAGUGCUCCAUCGUCUCCAUCUGCGACUGAGUUCAUGACUUCUAACGACGGAGGUCGUGUCAUGAAGAAAAAACGCUCGAAUUCAAGUGCUGGUGGUAUCACCAAAUCUGUCGGUAAAGGUCGCAGGAGGCCAAGUUCUGCAGGAUCCGUCUCUUCUCGUCGUGGAUCUUCAAGCGAUUCUGGAGCAUCCUCAGGUGCACUUUGGCAAGUUGACAUUGGCGAAACCAGCGUCUGGACAAUAGUUGGCACAGACCAAAUUCGCUACAACUUUUACGUUCCCCCCAUUCUCUUCGACAACCAACACGCUCCACAGACCGGUUCUUUCCCUAUACCCUCUAAACCUGUAACACCAUUCCCCGGCGUCGUGAAAUACCUUCCCCCCGAUCGUGCUGCAGAGGCACCAAAAUCAAAUUGUGCAUCGUCACGAGCUGUUCUUUCAAAACCCAACCCCCAUGCUUCAAAGAUGCUCACCGUUUACGGCGAGAACUUCUCCAAGACCGAUCCUGUCAGUGUCUUCUUUGGCUCGGAGCCGUCGCCUUACGUCGAGGUUCGCUGCACCGAGGUUCUGGGUUGUCUCCCACCAGAGUCACAGAUCGUCAAGCGACGACCGAUCAUCCUCAUCCGAUCGGACGGUGUCGUUUUCCCAUCGAACACCACAUAUCCCUAG